CUCUGAAUGCCCACACACAAGAUGUUUGUAGACCCAACAGAUCAAACCACAUCUCUGAAGAACACAGACCGCAGCCGCUUUCAGUUUGACUCGGAAGAUGAAUGUCAGUAAAACUGGUAAUGUGUGUUUGGUGAUUCAGUGUCAGUGAUGGAGGGAGAUUCUGUCACUUUAUACACUAAUGUUACUGAAAUGCAUGAAGACGACGACAUACUGUGGAAAUUUGGAUCUGAAAACUCUCUCAUAGCUAAAAUCAGCAUUGAGAACCGAAUCUUCUCCACAUCUGAUGGUCCUGAUGGGAGAUUCAGAGACAGACUGAAGCUGGACAAUCAAACUGGAUCUCUGACCAUCAUGAACACCAGAACUGAACAUGCUGGAGAUUAUAAACUACAGAUAAAGGGAGUGAAACGAUCAUCAAAAACAUUCAGCGUUUCUGUCUAUGCUCAUCUGCCUGUUCCUGUCAUCGGCAGUAACUCUUCACAAUGUUCUUCAUCAUCAUCAUGUUCAUUGGUGUGUUCAGCUGUGAAUGUGAGUCAUGUGACUCUCUCCUGGUACAAAGGAAACAGUUUAUUGUCCAGCAUCAGUGUGUCUGAUCUCAGCAUCAGUCUCUCUCUACCUCUGGAGGUGGAAUAUCAGGAUAAAAACACCUACAGCUGUGUGCUGAACAAUCCCAUCAGCAACCAGACUCAACAUCUGGACAUCACUCAACUCUGUCACACAUGUGCAGAUCAGGCCUUACCCUUGUUGUACAUAGUGUUGAUCUCUGCUGGAUCUCUGUUGAUUGUUGCUGCAGUAGUUGGGAUCAUCUGCAUCAGCAAGAUAUGUAGAAAAACUGAUCAAGAAGAAACAGUUCAGACUCUUAACAGAAAGAUCACUUACGCUCAUCCGACAGUCCACAAAAGAAACGCUCAUAAAUUGACUGUUGAAGAGGAGGGUCAUGUGGAAUAUGCAGCUGUUGCCAUAUGGUGAUCAAUUGUCCAGCUUUUUUCUAGUAUAAGAUCAGCUGCCGUGUCUUCGCUUUCACUAGGAACCUCCUGCAACAACCUCAGACUCUGAGUUUUAGGAUUGAGAGAAUCAUCACAUGUAGCAUCAGGAAAUCACUGCGGACGUGCAACAGGAUCAUUCUGAGGGGUCUGAAGUGUGAUAUGUAAAGACUGAUUAAUGAAAUGCUCUCCUAUAAAAAGAUUUUGCCUUGUAAUACAAAUGAUCUAAAUUGUAUUGAUCGUUUUCAAAGAUUGACUCUUGAAUUAUAUAGACCAUGUGUGUACAUCUCAUGAAUAUGUUCAAAAUGUAGAUGAAAAAUACUCAUUAAAAGCAGUGAACCUUGUUGUUACAGGUGCAGAAAUGUGGUUGGGUAGCCAAAUUGUGCAUGAGCACAUGUCUACUGUUGGACGCUUGUGUUUGAUGUCUGUGUCUCUGAGGUGUGAAUAGAGUGUGAGUGAACAGAAUGUGGUUGAAGGGCUUUUUUCCCAUUG